CAGUCUUUAGUGAAACAAUUUCUCAAGCUUGAACAUCAAUCCAAAUCCUUGGCUACCUUGAGAAGUCACAGUACAACAUGUCCGACAACAACACCCCAAGAGUGGUUCUCCCAGACGGCAACAGUAUGCCGGUGAUCGGCCUAGGCACCGGCGCGUUUCAAAUUCCCGGCGAGGUCACCAAGAUGGCAGUCCUGGAGGCUAUCAAAGCCGGGUACAGACACUUUGAUACUGCUUCACUUUAUGGGACCGAGCAGCCACUAGGGGAAGCCAUAGAAGAAGCUCUCAAACUUGGGCUUGUCGGGUCCAGGGACGAACUCUUCAUCACUUCGAAGCUUUGGUUCAUUGAUGCUCAUCCAGAUCGUGUCGUUCCUGCUCUCCAAAAAUCUCUCUGGUUACUAAAACUGGAAUAUCUGGACCUGUAUCUGAUCCACAUGCCCUUCAGUGCAAAGCCUGAGAGCGACGGUUUAUUCCCAUCAAAAGAGAAUAUAGCACCAUUAGAUAUGAAGGGCGUGUGGUCAGCAAUGGAAGACUGCAAAAAAUUGGGUCUCGCAAAAUCAAUUGGAGUCAGUAACUUCCCUGUGAGGACACUUGAGAGUUUAUUGCCAGUCGCUGCUAUUCAUCCUUGUCUGAAUCAAGUGGAAAUGAACCCUACAUGUCAACAAAUGGAGCUAAGAGAAUACUGCAAAGAAAAAGGAAUACUUAUAACAGCAUAUUCUCCUUUGGGAGCUCCAGGUACAAGAUGGGGCAACAAUCGGAUCCUGGACAAUGAAAUUCUCACUGACAUUGCUAAAUCUCAUGGCAAAUCUGUUGCACAGGUGGCUCUGAGAUGGCUGUAUGAGCAAGGAGUGGGUUUUAUUGCCAAGAGUUACAGCAAAGAGAGAAUGAAACAGAACUUGGAGAUAUUUGAUUGGUCACUUACAGAAAAUGACUUGGACAAGAUAAGUCAAGUCAAACAGAUAAGAUUGAAUCAGGAGAACCCUGUGUUCGAAUACGUUGCCUGAUCCUUACAUAUCGUUCAUAAUUAAAUUCUACAUCAUAUAUAAUAGCCAUUUUGUUUUUCAUCAGUUGUUUUGUCCCCAAUAUAUACAUAAUUCUGUCUUCUACUUCCCAUAAGGUGGCUAUUUGCCUAGCCAAUUGAUGGACCGUUGUUGCACAUUGUCUUUAUACCGAUUUAUGUGAUGAGAAGGUUGAAAUAAAGAUGUGAUUUUGUGAGGGUAGAAAUGUUCUAGCAUAUCUGUACUGUAUACCUGUAUGCCUAUUUGUUCGUUGAUUCUGUGAAGAAAUAAAGAUGUGUGAUUUUGUUA